UUGACAACUCCCUGUUCCCAACCAACCCAAAGCCUUCUCAGUUUUACAACACCUGCAUCGACCUUGGUGUUCCCCAAUGGGGCUAGCAUGAUUCUGCGAGGAGAUAAAGGUCCACUUCUUAUUAUACUUCAGAGAGCUGAGCAGCAUCAAAUAUCUCCCAUUUUGAAGCUUCACUCCAAUGUUCCAUGCGCUGAUCGCCUCAAGCCUUCGGUUACUUGGAGCUUGAGCGGCUCUGUAUUCAGGCUACAGCCGCGCUCCAAAACAUGACCCUUUCCGCUAGCGUUCUCGACACUUCUCCCCUCAAAAGUCGUUUGGCUCCUUUCGGCUCUGGAACCCCCUUUCUGUUGGAAUUCCAGGAGAUUAGUCCCCUCGCUCGAAGCGGCGGGCUAUCCAAUUGUACGCAAUGUCAGCUAAAAGCAUAUAAGUCUAGACAAGUGUCAAGGGCGAGUUUGCACGUAUGCGGGCCCGGAAGGUUGGCUCGAGUCGUUGAGGAUUCGAUGGAUGCGGGAUUGUGGUUCAGAAUUCUGCUCUUGCAGUUUCGGAUGGUAGAACCUCCCGCCAAGGUCCGGCCUGGGAUUCGGGACUCAAAGGUCAACCAGAAACCGAAGUAUAGAGUUACAGAGCUGAGCCGCCUCUGGUCGGCCGGGAGGAUUGCACAUUCGAAUGUGGCUUCCAAUGGUUUCGCACCUACCGUGAGUCUCAGGGGGUCAUUAAUCACUGGAAACGGAAGGAAGAACUGCAGUAUCUCUUGCCGUGCAUUUUGGAAGGAAGGCAUCAGGACUGAGAAGUCGGCCAUUGUCAUUUCCAAAAUCCCCACGUUUUGCUGUUCAAUUGCAAUCGCUUCAAAAAUUCGAGAUCGCCUUCCACUUCGCUGCUCAUCUGGAGGACCAUGAACCCCUCCACAGCCAACGAGAAAGGUCAGGUCGAGCAUAAUUUUGACGACAAACUCGCUGCCACAACUUCGCCUUCUGACCACUCUGGGGCCGGGCUAAGCCAUCUCACCAGUUUCGCAGCAGGCUUGCUCUCGCUUCUUCUGUGGUACAUCUGGAGAACCGAUACGGAAAUCUUUGGUUGGAAAGUCGGGGACGGUGGGUGGAGUUGUGCCGCUUGAAUGUGUAGUUUGUAGUGUUGCGGUUGGGUAUCUGGGAAUAGAGGCGUUGAGGGGGGUUGAAAGGAGUUGGGGGGUACGA